GGAUUGGACAGUCUUUUUCGAAUUUUGAUUUUUUUUAUUUUUUAUUUUUUUUUUAUUAGGGAACUGUUCAAUUUGGGAUCUGUCCGAUCCUUCCCACCUGUCUGCUGCCUACCUGCUCUUUCCCCUCCAGUCCGAAUGCUGGGCCAGUCUAUCUGAUUGGCCCAUAGGUGACUCUUCAGAGCAGUGCAUGCCACCACUCACUCGAUCACAGACCAAGACCAUGGACCGGAAGGAGGGAGAAUCCCUCCUGGCCUAUGAGGAACGCCUGGUUGCUUUCAUCCAGGAGGCCAAUGACAGGGCUGCCGCCGCGGCCAAGGAACGUGGUCGGAUUGAGCAAGAAGAGGAGACCAAGCGACAAAAGGAAGAACAGGACCGACUUCGUCAAGAGGAGGCAGACCUGCAGGCGACAGCCGAACACCGGUCACGCCAGCGGGAACGACUGUUCAUGCGGGAGACCGUGAUCGGCGAUGAGGCCGCACAUUGGGUGCAAGUGGCAUCUGCAGACGAGGCCCCGAAGACUGAGAAAGGGCUGUCAGCCCUUGCGCAGGUCUCCCACAACCUUGUGGCCAGCUGCGUACUGCAGCAGGAGGAAAUCCUUCACCUGCAGCAGACGGUGGACCAGAUGCUUGCACGGCUGCAGGCGUUGGAAAAACAGCCAGCUGCUGUAGCAGCCGCAGGGCCUUCAAGCCUUGCCACCCGUGUUCAAGUUUUGGAGGACGGCGUCAGCAAUAUCAAGCGUGUGCAUCAGGACUUCAGGACGUCGCAGCAAGCAACGAACUUGCAGUUGGAGACGCAGGUCCAGGCUGCUGCCACCGUGACGCCCGCCGCCGCAUCCUCCAGGCGCCCACCCAAGCUAGAUGACAUUCCAGUAUUCUGCGAUCAGUCCAAGACGGAACCGAUCCCGUGGUGGCGCUAGUUUACUCUCAGGCUCAACAUGCACCAUGUCCCGAACAACGAUCGACAUCCGUGCUUGUACCACCGAUCU